UAAGUUGGCACGUAUGCUACCUAAGCUUUAUGCGUAUUUUUUAGGUUAGUGCAGUUUUCAAGCAAGGUACGCCAAUAAAGCGCUAUUAUAGCAUAAAAAAAGUAACUAGCUGAUUAAUUUUGUGUCAAUAUCAUGGCCGAAACAAUGAAACAAACUGUGGCCACUAUACUGAAAAGUAUAGAGAGGUAUAAUCCAGCCAAUCUGGAAACUCUCGAAAGAUACGUCGAUAUGCAAUCACGUGAAAAUACUUAUGAUUUGGAAGCUAAUUUGGCGGUCUUAAAACUGUACCAGUUUAAUCCAGAAAAGUUCAAUCCUGACAUUACGUGUCAGAUCCUCUUAAAAGCUUUGACUAAUUUUCCACAUACAGACUUUACUUUAUGCAAGUGUUUACUUCUUGAAUCUGUGGUGGAGAAUGAGACUAUUUCUCAGAUAAAAUAUCUAGCUGAUAUUUUAGAGCAAUGUGACUUUGCUCAGUUUUGGAACAGAGUUCAUCAAAUGCCAGAAUUGUGCAGCAGAAUCAGCGGCUUCCAUGAUUCUAUCAGAAAAUUUGUAUGUCAUGUUGUGGGCAUCACCUUCCAAACAAUUGAUAAGAACAAUCUGGCUAACUUACUAGGGGGUAUUGAUGAUGUCACCCUUAAGCAUUGGGUUAAGAAAUAUGGAUGGAGAGAUGAGGGUAGCCUUAUCUUUAUCGCCAAUCAAGACGAAAAUAUUAAAACUAAGAACAUUACGGAAAAAAUUGAGUUUGAUCAUCUUGCUCCUUUGAUGGCGCUUUUGUAGAUACUACUACUAUACAAAAUUAAAUAUUUUGUAACACUUUAAAUUGUUUUUUCUUUGAUACGUUAAAUAAAAAGAUAUUUGCAUGAG